AUGGCCACACCGCUACCGGGCUGGCUCGACGUCAGUCCAUUUCCUUCUCACGUAAUGACCGCAGUCCCCGACGUCAACGCGGCCGACAAGGCACCACCCUCCACCAUUCUUGCCACAACACAGCCCGUGCCGUCAGCCUUCCCCACUUCCUCAACCCCAGGCAAAAGAGAUCAGCACCAGAGAGAAGACAAUGCCUCUGAUGGGGCGGGCUUCAAGCCCACCCGGGCCCUCGUCCUCGCGUUCACCGCGCUCGCCGUCCUCGUGCUCAUGGUCGCCCUCGACGGCACGUCCAUCAGCGUUGCGCUGCCCACCAUUGCGCAAAAGCUCCACGGCUCUGCUUUGGAAGCGUUUUGGGCGGAGACAUCGUUUCUCCUGGCUAGCACGGUCUUCCAGCCCCUGUUCGCGUCUUUCAGUCAUAUCUUCGGGCGCAUGCCUUUGAUCCUGGUCGCGAUGACGCUGUUCCUCGUGGGCGUUUUGAUGGCGGCGUUGGCCCAAGAUUUUGAGCUUUUGCUCGCGGGUAGGACGAUUCAGGGGAUUGGAGGUGGGGGCAUCAUUGCUCUCAGCGAGAUCGUCGUUACUGACUUGGUGCCGUUGAGGGUCAGGGGCCAGUGGAUGGGUGUGCUGGCGGGGACGUGGGCGUUGGGGAGUGUUAGUGGGCCUGUCAUCGGGGGUGCGUUUGCACAGGUCGAUGCGUGGAGGUGGAUAUUUUGGUUGAAUUUGCCGUUUAUUGGAGUUGGGUAUCCCAUGGUGCUGUUGUUUUUGAAGUUGAAUAUUGUGCCGGAGUCAAUCGCGGAGAAGUUGAGGAGGGUGGACUGGGUGGGCUCUGUGGUGUUUGUGGCGAGUACGACGUCCUUCCUGAUUCCGCUGACCAAGGGUGGCGUCAUGUACCCGUGGACGCAUUGGAGGACUUUGUUGCCGCUUGUCGUUGGUGUGGCGGGCCUAGUUGGGUUUGUCCUCUACGAGAAGUACGUCGCUGAGGAGCCGCUGUUUCGACUGUCGGUAUUCGGAACCCGGACCGCAGCGCUUGGGUACCUAGAGUCCGCCCUGCACGGCAUCCUCGUGUGGACGAUACUAUAUUAUCAGCCACUAUACUUCCUGGCGGUCAAGGAAUACUCGCCAGUCAUUGCUGGGGUCGCGCUCUUUCCGGCCACAUUAACAGUGGCGCCAAUGAGCGUGAUCACUGGCUUUGCCAUCACCAAGGCCAAUGCCUACCGCUGGGCGAUCUGGCUCGGCUGGGCAUUGGCCACACUGGGCUUUGGACUUACUACCAUCAUCGACGUGAGAACCUCCGUACCUGCCUGGGUAUUCAUCUGCAUCGUGCCAGGCAUGGGUUGUGGGAUCCUCUUCAGUGCGCUGCAGUUCCAAGUCCAGGCGCCCUCCACGUCGGAAGAUAUGGCGUUUGCUGUAGGGACGUUCGUUUUCUUCCGCACACUUGGCCAGGCGGUGGGAGUUGCCAUUGGGGGCGUCACCUUUCAGAACUCAAUGAUCAAAAAGCUUAGAGACUUUCCGAGAUACGCUGACCAGGCUGCGGAGCUGGCGAAGGAUGCCGCUGCCUUGGUGCAGGUCAUUCGCGAUACUGAGGAAGGAGCGGGAAAGUACAACUUGCAGGUCGUGUACACUGACAGUAUUCGUGUGGUGUACAUUGUGCUAACGGCCCUCUGUGGUGUUGGAUUAAUGUGUUCCUUCUUCGUGAAGGCGUACGACAUCAACGUUGCUCUGGACACGGACCAUGGCCUGAUUGAGAAGCGCAAGGAUAUCGCGAGCUCCCCGGGGAGUCAGUCCUGA